AUGGUGAUUUCUUCGUUCCUCAAGGUUGAGGAUAGAGGCUCCAGCGCACGCGCCGCCCUUCUCCAGCGCCAGCGCCGCCUCUUCCCGUCACCGGCGGCACUUCUCCGCCUUCUCCACGGUCUCAAUCUAAUCGGCAGCAUUCUCGUCAUCGGUGGCCAAGGCGGGCCCGUGCUGAGUGCGCGGGCGGGAGCAGGUGAAGGUCUCCAAGCUCGAGAUCCCGAUGCAGAUCCGGGAGGGUCCGGCGUGGCGGCAGGCGCCGUCCGCCGCGGGGGCGCUGCGGUCGCCGAUGUCCGCCAUGAUGCUCACCAUGUUCGCUACCAUGGCCUCCUUCUACGUUGCCGGACGGGGCAAUCAGCAAUAUCUGUGGAUGAUACCUUGAAGGUUGUUGUAUGCAGGCAGCAAGGGAAGCGGUUGGCAUCGCUUGAGAUGGAGCUUGCUGCAGCAAAGCAUGAAGGUUUUGUUGGCAAAUACAAUCCUGAGACAAAUGGAACUCGCUCUGGGAAAAAGCCACUGAUUGUUAUUGGAAUAAUGACUAGCUUUGGGAGGAAAAACUACCGUGAUGCUGUCAGGAAAUCAUGGCUUCCGACAGAUACACUUCAUGCUUGCAUUUUUCUUACAUCUGUUUCUUUUGGUAUUCUGACAUACAGCAAUAUUAAUAAUUCCAUAAGAAAAGAAUAUUAA